CUCCGUGUCCGCCUGCUGUCGACUGCGAGAGCGCCUCGGACGUUCGGGUGGAAGAUGGAGAGUAACGUGGCAGAGCACAGCGCCGGGAGCGAGGGGCAGGUGUCCGGUGCGAAAGUCAUCGCCCAGGCCCUGAAAACGCAGGACGUGCGCUACAUGUUUGGCAUCGUCGGCAUCCCGGUGACUGAAAUCGCCCUCGCCGCCCAGGAGCUGGGCAUCAGAUACGUCGGCAUGAGGAAUGAGCAGGCGGCUUGUUAUGCUGCCUCCGUGGUUGGAUAUAUGACAGGCAGGCCGGGAGUUUGCCUUGUCGUUUCUGGCCCAGGUCUCAUCCAUGCCUUGGGUGGAAUGGCAAAUGCCAACAUGAACUGCUGGCCCUUGAUUGUGAUUGGUGGUUCCUCUGAAAGAAGUCAGGAAACAAUGGGAGCCUUUCAGGAGUUUCCUCAGGUUGAAGCUUGUAGAUUAUAUAGCAAGUUCUCUGCCCGGCCAAGUAGCAUAGAAGUUAUUCCGUCUAUUAUCGAAAAGGCAGUGAGAAGCAGUAUUUAUGGUCGACCAGGUGCUUGCUAUGUUGACAUACCUGCAGAUUUUGUCAGCCUCCAGGUGAAUGUGAAUUCUAUAAAGUACGUGGAGUGCUGCGCGCCUCCUCCUGUCUGCAUGGCAGAGGCCUCUGCUGUGCGUCUGGCCGCGUCCGUCAUUCGGGGCGCCAGGCAGCCCCUUGUGAUCGUCGGGAAAGGUGCUGCUUACGCCCGCGCCGAGGAGGGCAUCAGGAGACUGGUGGAGCGAUGUCGGUUGCCAUUUUUGCCCACCCCCAUGGGGAAGGGCGUCAUCCCAGACAACCAUCCAAACUGUGUGGCCGCUGCCAGAUCCAGGGCUUUGCAAUUGGCCGACGUAAUUGUGUUAUUUGGGGCCAGAUUAAAUUGGAUUUUGCAUUUUGGACUGCCUCCAAGAUACCAGCCAGAUGUGAAGUUUAUCCAGGUUGACAUCUGUGCAGAGGAGCUGGGAAAUAAUGUAAGGCCUGCCGUGACCUUGCUAGGAGACAUAAAUGCUGUCACUGAACAGCUUUUAGAACAAUUUGAUAAAACACCAUGGCAAUAUCCUCCAGAGAGCAAGUGGUGGAAAAUUCUGAGAGAAAAGAUGAAGAGCAAUGAAGCUGUAUCUAAGGAAUUAGCUUCCCAAAACUCCCUGCCUAUGAAUUAUUACACAGUAUUCUACCGUGUUCAAGAUCAGCUACCCAGAGACUGUUUUGUGGUGAGUGAAGGAGCAAACACUAUGGAUAUUGGACGCACUGUGCUUCAGAACUACCUUCCUCGGCACAGGCUUGAUGCUGGUACUUUUGGAACAAUGGGAGUCGGUUUGGGGUUUGCCAUUGCAGCUGCCAUAGUGGCAAAAGAUAGAAGCCCAGGGCAGCGGGUCAUCUGUGUGGAAGGGGACAGUGCAUUUGGGUUUUCCGGCAUGGAAGUGGAAACCAUCUGCAGGUACAACUUGCCAAUCAUACUUUUGGUGGUGAAUAAUAACGGAAUUUACCAAGGUUUGGAUACAGAUACUUGGAAGGAAAUGUUAAAAUCUAGAGAUGCUACUACAGCAGCCCCUCCGAUGUGUCUUUUGCCACACUCACAUUAUGAGCAGGUCAUGACUGCAUUUGGAGGCAAAGGGUAUUUUGUACAAACACCAGAAGAACUGCAGAAAUCCCUGAGGCAGAGCCUGGAAGACACAACUAAACCCUCUCUCAUCAACAUCAUGAUUGAGCCACAGGCCAUGCGGAAGGCCCAGGACUUUCACUGGCUGACCAGCUCUAAAAUGUGAAGACUCCAGUGAGUGGCUUGAGGAGCUUUCUCUUUCCUGUGAGGUGGACUUUUAUUUUCCACAGCAACAUUACUGUAAUGUUAAAAUCGUUGUGCAAAGAAAAAUAAAAUACAUUUCUAAAUGAUAUUUUAUAAUAAAGGAAUUGAUUAAAAAA